GACAUGAUGCGGAUAACGGAUCGGAUGACGAUGAUGGGCUGACAUUCGUGCUGUUCUGUUCCCUGAGUAAGGAAGGGUGAUACCGACUUGAAACGGCGAGCGGGUCAACAGUACGUCUGCCUCCGUCCCGUUAAAACCUUGGCAGGCCUCCGGGUACGUUCAAUACUCGCACCAAUUAAGGUGGGUAGUAGGCCCAGUUGAGAGCACUCCUGGCUUACGCUGAUCCGGCCCUGGACACGAACCCUAUGAAGGUACGUGUUCAACCCUCGCUAGGCCUCCCUGCUCGCAAAGAUAACCUAGGGAUCAUAAGCGACUACUACAACGAGUGGAGAUAGCGGCCCGGAGUGGGGACCCUGAAGAAUGGAAGUAAUUGAAAUCGAAGUUGAGAAAGAAGUGACAAAUCCGUUUGUCAAGAGUGGCUUGGUGAGGACACCGCCGCCGCAAACUCAGCAGGUGCAAAAGCAGCACACGAACGAGCAGCAGGCUCAGCAGCAGGGUCAGCAGCAGUAUAGCGCGUGGACGAAACCACCAAAACCACCGAGGGUAGAGGCAGCGAAAAAGUUGGUGGACGAGCUGCACGAGUAUGUGGAUAAGAGAAGCAACGUGCACAAAGACAUCAAGGCGUUGGUGAUUAAGCUCCAAGGCGCUCUUGGUUCAGCUGUCAAGGAGUGGAAAAGCGUAGUGCAGAGAGCAGAAGCUGGGGAGAAGGAGUUGUUAGCGGCGAAAACUGCCUUAGAGGCACGUCGCGCAGCGCAAAUGCAAAGGGCUGAAGCCGACACAGCUAAGAGGGAGGUCAACACGGCGAGUAGUGUCCCCCCUGGGAUGCAGUCCACGCCCUUCUUCACACCAAAGAGGCCAAGGGCAUCGCCAGGAGAUGCUAGACCAGGUGGUCCCAAGAGACACAAGGAUGCCCGUGUCACUGGAGCUAAACUACCACCAGAAGCAACCGACGCGGUAAACAGCCGCACUGAAUGGCAGGUCGUCGGCAAAAAAAAGGAGAAAGCGAGCAAGAAAAACCCGCCCAAAAAACGUAAUGUCGUCAGGACGAGGAAUAAGAGCGAGGCUCUCAUCGUCAAAGCGAGCGACGACUCGUACGCCGAAGUCCUACGCGCUAUGCGGAUGAACCCGGAUCUUAAGGAGCUAGGGGAAGACGUGCAAAAGGUUAGGCGCACUCGUAAUGGUGAGAUGCUCCUCGAGCUGAAAAGAAACCCCAAAGCAGGCAGCAUCUCGUACAAGGAGCUUACCGAGAAAGCCCUCGGAAACAAGGUGGAAGUAAGAGCCUUGUGCCCGGAAGCGACUCUCCGGUGUAAAGAUCUGGACGAGAUUACUACGGAGGAGGAUGUAAAAUCAGCCCUGAAGGAGCAAUGCGAGCUAGGAGAGGUCCAGAUGACCAUCCGUAUCAGGAAUGGACCUGACGGCACCAAGGUAGCCUCAAUUAAGCUGCCAGUAGAUGCAGCUAAUAAAGCGUUGAAAGUGGAGAAAAUAUGUGUGGGUUGGUCUGUGUGCCCACUGAGCGUUUCCCAGCUACCGGACGUGUGCUUCAAGUGUCUGGGUUUUGGUCACUUCGCACGGAACUGUCAAGGGCCGGAUAGGAGCAAACUAUGCAGAAGGUGUGGCGAGGAAGGUCACAAGGCAAAAGAUUGCACGAAGCCUCCGAAAUGCCUAAUUUGCGCUGCCACGGAGGAUAACAAACAUCCUACAGGCGGUAGCAGAUGCCCAGCCUUCAAACGAGCGAGUGCAACGAAGUCCCAGUGGAGGUAG